UUUUCCGAUCAUAUACUAAACUUUAAUCCUAUUUUAUCUCAGAGAUAAUUGAACGUGUUUUUCCGAGCAGGGUUCGUAUUUCCGACUAACAAGGCAAUUGCUUUGCAAGCGCUACAGAAUCUAUAAGCAAUCUUUAAAAUAUUAACAUUACAUUUUGUAACAUUCCGAUUACUAGUCGUGUCUACAUCAUGCACUGCAGGAUGAAUUGACCAAGGCAUUUUACUGAUAUAAGAUAAAAUAAAAUAAAAUAAACUAAGAAAAACGUAAAAGUAAGUCCCAAAUGACUCGUUUAUGUCCUUUACAUCUUUGCUUAAAUAAAUAAAAUAAACAUUUCAGUUUAAUCACUUUGGUGCCACAGAUGCGGUAAUACUUCGGCACCCUGAUUUGCCGAAGCGGCUCAAUCCAAACUUGUUCCAUUUGAAUUGUUGACAUGGUGAAAAAACAAAAUCAAAUCUCUAAAGUAAUUCAUUUCAAUGAGUCAGCAUUUUCUUUCUUAUAACUUUCCUGUUUUUGGUAACUUGUAAUUUCCAUCUGUGCAAGUGUGUAUGAGAAAGAGACCGCAACCCGGCUAGUUUCUCCUCCACGUGAUCUCUGAGUGUGGGAGUGCGUUACGCAGCGCGUGAUAGUGAUGCUAAUGAACGCUCUAGAAGCUUAAGCACAUAGCAGGGGGGUAAUAGCAGCAUCCCACGGGCUUCAUCGCAGAGUUUUUAUGACCCCGAGAGGGGACACACAAUACGCGAAGGCACAUUUUUGUGUCUCUUUAACUACCUCCUCCCCUCUCCUCCCUCUUCCACUCUCGGCAGGACGGCUUCGCACUCCACGACGCCCUCGAAAGGGUUCGGACGGUGCUGAAUUGCGACCUGGUUUACCAUUAAUCCGGGGACUGUCGACGUUUCCACGCUCGCGCUGACGCUCCUGCUCAUUCCUGGUGACUUAAGUGUUGAAGGAGUGUUAAAAAAGAGAGGUCAAAGAGAGCCAAUCAUAAACGAGACGUAAAGAGGGAAGCAAAGUCAAAGGCAGCAAAGAGCUUUCGGGAUAAAUCAAUGACCAAUCAUCGUGUAAUAAACGGUGUAUUGCUGCAGUAAACAGAAAGUUAAAGUCUUCGUGAGCAGUCUUAUUGUUUUUCUGGAGUCAACAAAACCAUUACAAGUUUUCCACUUAUAAAGAGAUUCAAAUAGGAAAGUGUGUAUUAUUAGGUGUAUAAGUGUGUGUGUAGGAAACAUUGUGUAAGUAAUAAAAAUAAGAUUUAAAAGGAAAAUUGACACUGAAUAUUAAAGUAUACACACAAUGUAAAGGAAUAUAAAGGCCUUUUCUGUGUAAGACUUAUUCUAAUUGUAACAUUAUGGGGACUCAUGUGCUUAAUGAACCAUAAAAGGUGCUUUACACACCUUCAUGAAGUCUUUCUACUAAAAGACUUUCCUCUAAUGUGUGAAUUUUGUCGUUUGUAGUUAAUGUGUAUGCCUGUGUGUGUGUUUUGUGAUUGGGGUGGGUGGGGAGGUGUAUUUGUUAAGAAGGGGUGUGUGGGUGAAAGUGUGUCCCCUCUGUUAUUGGCUCGAGGUCUCCAGUCGCAUUAUGCAUGUCAUUGUGUCUUUGUGGGUGAGGAGGCCUAUAAAAAGGCGAACUGUAGGGAUUUGGCCAAAGCACUGAGCCUUGAGACACACUCACGUAAGAGCGAAGAGAGGACAGGGAUUGUGUGUAUAUGUGUGUGUGUGACUGUUCCGGUUUUGCUAGACCAAAGAGUUCUGCUGUUCUGACUGAUUGCAGAAGACAUUUUGGGAGGACAUUUUGACCAGCAGGAUCUUCACAUAUCAACAUUUUUCGAUUAAGUGACGUCAACUACGAUGGAUUCGGACACCGGCUCUACCUGCAGUCGAUCCUCAUCGCCCGACCUCGCCGUCGACUCCAGCUUCUUUUCGAGCAAGAUCUUCCAGCAAGCGGAGAAAACGUCCAACGGAUCCCUGGCUUCUGGGGGGAAAAUCCAAAACCGGCCUGAGAACCCCAAAGAAGAUCUUCAGGAGCUGCGUCUCAAGGUGAACAGCCGCGAGCGGAAACGCAUGCACGACCUGAACCAAGCCAUGGACGGCCUUCGCGAAGUCAUGCCGUAUGCCCAAGGGCCCUCGGUGCGCAAGCUGUCAAAGAUCUCUACCCUCCUGCUGGCACGCAACUACAUCCUCAUGCUCUCCAGUUCUUUGGAGGAGAUGAAGAAGCUGGUGGGCGAGGUUUAUGGGUCCAGCGUGGCUCAAAACCAUGCCCCGAGGCCGGUCUUAGCUCCGUCACAGCUUCCCCUGCACCCUUUGGCCCAGUCCUUGCACUCAUUGGCAAGCAGCGCUGUGGCCAUGAGCUCCACCCCCCUGCAGCACACCAGCACACACACGGCUAUGGCUCAAGCUCCUCAUUCUCCUCCAUCAGCAGGAUAUCUGGGCUUCCACGCGCCACCGAUUCCAAGCCUACUGAAGGACCCGCUGCAUUUGGCCGGCUCGUAUAGGCACUUCCCCGGCAUGCCGUGUCCGUGCUCCCUGUGCCAACCUUUGCCGGUGUCCACAGCCAGCCUGCACGCCCUUUCCAUGAGCAAAUGAACGAGAAAAAGGAUGCAAAAUGUUACCUAAGCUAAACAUGAACUCAAAGAUUGCAGCAAAGAUCUGUGAAUGUUUUAUUAUGUAUAUUAUGUUCUGCUCCAAAAAAUGGU